CGAAGGCAGCGAGAGUGUUUUGGUCUGCGACUGAGAGAGAGUCCCCUUUUGAUUUUUAGACAGUGAGAGCAAAACAGAAACUAAACGAAACGGUUGGCGUUUUGAAGAAUCAGUGACAAACUGAAUAGAGAGAGAGAGAGAAGAACGUACCAUAUGUAUGAGUUGUUGUGAUCGUGUUGGUGCAUGGUUUCCUCUGAUUCUUCUCUUUGUCCUUUGCCCUAGAUCCUUCAACGCCCCAUUCCUCUUCUCCUCUUCUUUGUGUGUGUGAGAGAGAGAAAGAGAGAGAGAGAGAUUUUAAAAAUAAAUUAGAUUAUGUGGAGUUGUACAAUGUGUCAGAAGUUUGCUUCUGAUCAUAUCUGGAGUUAUUGCAGUCAAUUUUGUGAUUUUAAUGCAUCAAUCCAUUGAAGGAUUCUUAUUGGCGAUUUAUCUUGAUUUAUUGUGUUUGAGGGGUGCUGUAUAUAAAUGAAAAGGAGAUUUGUAGGAGGUGAAAACUGUGAUUCACUUACAUCUAUAUGAAGACAGAAAAAGUUUGGCGCCUAGGCAUGGGCGAUAUGCAGAUCAUGCCUGGGUCUCGUCAUCGUCCUCCCAUGAAGAAGCCAACGUGGAUUAUUAUAUUGGUUCUAUUUGUGUGCUUGUUUCUGAUAUGUGCUUAUAUCUACCCGCCAAAAAGCAGUUCAGCUUGUUACAUCUUUUCUUCUCGAAGGUGCCAGUCUAUUGCUGAUUGGCUUCCUCCUGCUCCUGCAAGGGAAUAUACAGAUGAUGAGAUUGCAUCACGUGUUGUUAUUAGGGAUAUUUUGAGCACACUACUGAUUCAUUCAAAAAAUCCAAAAAUUGCCUUCAUGUUUUUGACGCCUGGUUCUCUACCAUUUGAAAAAUUGUGGGAUAAAUUUUUCCAAGGACAUGAAGGGAAAUUCUCUGUUUAUGUGCAUUCAUCUAAGACUAAACCAGUUCAUGUGAGCAGAUAUUUUGUUAAUCGGGAUAUACGCAGUGACCAGGUGGUGUGGGGUAAAAUAUCUAUGGUUGAUGCAGAGAGACGACUUCUGGCAAAUGCUUUACUAGAUCCUGAUAACCAGCAAUUUGUUUUACUGUCUGAUAGCUGUGUGCCACUGUAUAGUUUUGACUAUAUUUUCAAUUAUCUGAUGCAUGCAAAUAUCAGCUUUGUGGACUGCUUUAAGGAUCCUGGUCCUCAUGGCAAUGGCAGGUAUUCAGAACGCAUGUUACCCGAAGUUGAGAUGAAGGACUUUAGAAAGGGUGCACAGUGGUUUUCGAUGAAGCGGCAGCAUGCUAUUAUAGUUAUGGCUGACAAUCUGUAUUACUCAAAAUUUCAUGCAUACUGUCAGCCUGGUUGGGAAGGGAAGAAUUGCAUUGCGGAUGAGCAUUACUUACCUACCUUCUUCCAGAUUGUCGAUCCUGGUGGAAUUGCAAACUGGUCGGUAACUCAUGUUGACUGGUCUGAGAGAAAAUGGCAUCCAAAAUCAUACAGGCCUCAGGAUGUUACGUAUGAGCUUUUGAGGAAUAUUACGUCCAUUGAUGUUAGUGUUCACGUCACCAGUGAUGAGAAGAGAGAAGUUCAAAGUUGGCCUUGCUUAUGGAAUGGGAUUCAGAAGCCGUGUUAUCUAUUUGCUAGAAAAUUCACUCCCGGAACAUUGGAAAAUUUGUUACAUCUUUUUUCUAAUUAUUCAUCACCUUGAGCCAGUAAUUUUUGAUCGAUUCUUUGGUCGGAUCAGUGGUUGCUUUCGACCCCCAUCUUGGUUUCUCAUGGGCAGGAGAGUUGUAAAUUACAGCAUUAUUGAGGUUGAUCGCUUGUCAGUCAUAUAUACUGAGUGCAACUGGCAUUAAUGCAGUUAGGGUGGUGGCCUAAUGUAUGGAUAGGAGGCUAACGAUUUAGUGUUGCUUCCUUAGGUAUCAAUAGGUUGACUGAUUCCCCCCUUCCUUCGUUUUAGGGUUAUUAAAGUUUUCUAAUUGCAUGACAAAUUUGGAGGGGAAUCAUAUCAAACUCAUUUUGUGGUGGUUCAUCAUUGUAAAACUUUCGCAAAUUGUUUAGUUGAAAAAUACAAAUUUACAGCUCCUUCAGAAAUUCAUGGUUUACUCCUUGACGCUAUUUUGUCGGCCUCUACUUAGGGCUUAUUCAUUUUAAAUUGGGGUUUCGAAAUAAUAUUUUGUGG